CAUUCGGAUCGGACAAUUAGCGGCACCUAAGCUCUCCUGAGUACACAUGCAAGUGACGGAAAUUCCAUAAGGAGACUAGAUGUCUUUGUUCGCUCCUACUGUUCCAGACCAGCUGCCUACCUGACGUGGCGCCAGGACAGUCGAAAUACAAUACCACCGAUCUUCUUAAUGCAACGGACGAUGAUGCCGCAUCAUCAUGACAUACGAGCAAGGCACCAGUCGAGGCAGGGAUGAAAGAAAGAUAACAGGGUUGCAUGAGGAGGCUGAAAUCCAUUUGCAAAUUCAUUGGCGCGCGUCACGUUCUCCCUAAUGCGGCAAUAUUUAUUAUAUGAUAAUCUUUUCAAGCCUGUGCGGAGAGUCAUGUUAAUGCAUCGCAUGGGUGCAGGUAUUACCCAAACAGAAACGAUAAACCUUUUCUGAUAAAUACCCCGGUACGCAUUGCUUGUCGUGAUUCUUCAUUCCGCCAUGCUCCCUCCUUCUCCCCCUUCUUACGACGUACUCAUCGUUGGUGCCGGUGUAGCAGGGCCGGCCCUUGCCCAUGCCCUUGCCACAAAAACAAUUCAAAAACGCAAGACUCCUUUGCGGAUAGCUCUACUCGAGCGGUCCUUGUCCAAACCAGACCGUAUCGUCGCUGAAUUGCUCCAACCAGGUGGCGUUACCGCCCUCAAGGAACUUGGUCUAGAGUCAUGCCUUGCCGAAGUCGGCUCUGUUUCUUUAUCAGGUUAUUACGUGCUGCGAGGGGAGAAUGGCAUCUGCGCCUCAUUCCCUCAAGGCCAUGAUGCCAGAGCUUUCGAUCACGGGUCAUUUAUCAUGUCCUUGCGCGACCGCGCACGCAGAGCGCCCAAUGUCGACAUCAUUGAAACCACAGUAAACAGCCUCAUCGAGCACCAGGACACACAUCGUGUAAUAGGUGUUCGCGCCACCAAAGCGGGUAGUCAGCCAGAGUCAUAUUUUGCUGAUCUCGUCAUUCUCGCGGAUGGCUCCUCAUCCAAAUUCAGAACCGCCGUCCUCGGGAACAUGCCGUAUGAACCUUCGCAAAGGGGUUACUUGGCAGGUCUGAUCGUGAAAGACCUAAAGCUGCCGGUGCCAAAGUACGCAACUAUGAUUGUACUGAAAGGCGCUGGACCAGUCAUCCUUUUUGAGCUCCCCAACAAUGAGUAUCGGAUGCUGAUCGAAAUGAAGGAGUCGCCGCCAGAUCUCAAGGAGCAUGUAUUGCGCGACGUCAUUCCUCAGCUUCCAUCAUCGAUACGCCCAUACAUUCUCAAUGCUCUGGAAACGUCGCGUCUGCGAAAAGUUCCGCAUUUUUAUCUUCCAGCCAUAAAGCAGGGAGAAAGUAGCAAGCCAGGGGCGUUCCUUUUGGGAGAUUCAUUAAAUAUGCGCCACCCGCUAACUGCGGGUGGAAUGACGGUCGCAUUGAAUGAUGCGGUCAUCCUCUCUGAUCUUCUGGCCAACGUCGAGAGCUUUGCCAACUGGAAUGAAAUAUCGCCCAUCCUUCGGAAGUGGCAUCAACUGAGAAAACCGCUCGCGGGCACUAUCAAUACCAUGAGCAUGAGUUGGGCUGGUCUAUUUGCUGCCGACGGCGAGGCAUUUGAUAUUAUGCAGGAAGGAGCAUUCAAAUUUUUCGGGAAAGGUCCCGAGUAUUCCGAGGGACCUAUGUCGUUAGCAGCCGGGAUCACAAAGUCUCCCUUACUACUGGCACAAAGUUCUCUCGCCAUUGCGAUUUACUCCAUUUGGGUGUUGUUCACCCACCCUAGACCUGGAAAUAAACAUGCUCCGCAAUUUUACGAAUACCCAAUGCUUUUUGUUAAAGCACUGAACGUCAUAUGGACUAUGGGCAUGGUGAUGGGGCCGGUGUUAUGGGCGGAGAUGUGAUACCCUUGAGACCUAUAUCAGAUCAAUAGAGACUUCUAAUAUUAUGCCUCAUGUACACGUACGAUUAAUAUAUUCUUCCGACUCGCACAAACUUUGCAAC